AUGUGGAGCUCCGCUGGGAGCAUGCUCCAGUUGCUCCCCAAGCUCCUCAAGUACGCGGCUUUGCAGAGCCGGCGGCAGGAGCUGCUGACUCGCUGGGGCUCGCCGCGGGCAGGAGGAGGCGGCGACCCUGCGGACCGGCUCCCUCGGGGGGGCGGCAGCGGAGGCUGCGAGAGCUCUGGGGCCGCGGGCUCAUUGCUCAGCCCCUACCAGGAGCGCAACAGUUUGCAGUCGGACUUGGAGUUGCCCGCUGCGGGCAGCUCCUAUCCCGGGAACAGUACCAGCGGCAGCAGCGGCGGACCCGCCGCCGCUGCCUCUGCUACCGCCGAGGUGAGGACCUGGCGCUACUGCUGCCUCCUGGGCACCUGUUGGUGCAAAAGCUUCCUGCUGGUGUGCGCCCUGGCCGCCCUGUGCUUCUCCUCUCUGGCCCUGGUCCGCCACUACCUGCAGCAUCUCCUCCUGUGGGUCGAGAGCUUGGACAGCUUGCUGGGCGUGCUCCUCUUCAUGGUGGGUUUCAUUGUGGUCUCCUUCCCCUGUGGCUGGGGCUACAUAGUGCUGAACGUGGCCGCAGGCUACUUGUAUGGCUUUGUGCUCGGCAUGGGGCUCAUGGUGGUGGGGGUCCUCAUCGGCACCUUCAUCGCACACGUGGUCUGCAAGAAGCUGCUGGCCCACUGGGUGGCCUCCAAGAUCGAGGGCAGCGAGAAACUGAGCGCUGUCGUCCGAGUGGUGGAGGGGGGAAGCGGUCUCAAAGUGGUGGCCCUGGCCCGACUGACCCCGAUACCUUUUGGACUUCAGAAUGCAGUGUUUUCGAUUACAGAUCUUUCAUUACCCAACUAUCUGAUGGCAUCUUCAAUUGGACUGCUUCCUACUCAGCUCCUAAAUUCUUAUUUGGGUACCACCUUACGUACAAUGGAGGAUGUUAUUGCAGAACAGAGUUUUAGUGGCUAUUUUGUUUUUUGUUUACAGAUUGUUAUAAGUAUAGGCCUCAUGUUUUAUGUAGUACAUCGAGCUCAAGUGGAAUUGAAUGCAGCAAUUGUAGCAUGUGAAAUGGAACUGAAAACCUCUUUUGUUAAAGGCAAUAAACCAAACACCAGUGGCUCUUCAUUCUUCAACAAGAAGACCCUAGCAUUUUCUGGAGGUGGAAUCAAUAUUGUAUGAGCUUAGUAAAAAAAAUGUAUAUAAUUGUUAAGAACCUGAUGUGUUGCUAGAUUUCUAUAAAUCACUUCAGUAGUGGGCAGCCAGGUUAUGAAUUAAAAUUCAAGUUGUAUUAUGGCACAACCAACUGACCAGUUCUUAAAUUGCACAAUGGCUUUUU